AUGUCUCUCUUGGGAUCCCUGAAAAAUUUUGACGCGUAUCGCAAACCGAUGGAAGACUUUCGCGUGAAAACCAUCACCGGCGGGUUAAGUGUGUUUUUGGUUUCGAUACAUUUUUGAACCUUCGAUUCAGUAACCGUAGCCGCAACUUUGUCUAUUUUCACCUUGGUGGCGUUGGAGACAAGGCAUUUUUUGUCGACAGAAGUUUCCGAACAACUUUUUGUCGAUUCCACGACUUCAGACGAACAUGUCAAGAUUUCAUUCGACAUAACUUUCCAUAAAAUGCCGUGCACCUGUAAAAAAAAAAGCGUGGGAAAGUGCAUGAAUUGUUUUGUUUUAGUUAUUACGAUUGAUGUGAUGGAUGUGAGCAGCGAAGCUCAAGAAAACAUAAAAGACGACAUUUAUAAGUUACGACUCGAUAAGAAUGGUCAAAAUAUAACAGACAGCAUUCAGAAAAUAGGUAAGUGUUGAGUUUUCCAAAUGUCUUCAUCAUUUAAAAAAAAAUGAAGUAAAUCAUUUUGAGAAAUGUUUUUCAUUUUCUUGAAUAUUAUCGAAAAAAAAAUUUUAAGCGGUCAAUCAGAACAAGACGGUACCCGCCAAACCUUCUGAGGAGGCGCCAAAAUGUGGAAGUUGUUAUGGAGCUUUGCCUGAUGGCUCGUGAGUUAUUUCUUUUUUAAAACAGAAACGCGUUGAAUUUUUUUUAUCGCAUCAACCCUUUUUUGAGGCUAUUCUUCAAAUUUUCAAAGUUUUGUUUUUGAUGUGGAAAAAACCUUCUCACUUUUGAAUUGUUGUUGACGUUCUAAUACUGUCCGUAAGUAAUCGGAAAAUGGAUUGCUGUCCAAAGGAAAAUCCAGUCUGCAAUUUCUUUUUAUUCGAAGUUUUCAGUUAUGAGUUAAUCACAAAAAUUACAUUGCUAAAUGAAUCAUCAAGUUUAAAUAGCUUGAAUUGCUCAUUUUAGAUUCCGAAAAAACUUUUGACAGAACCUUAUUUCAAGUCAACAGUAGCACAUUGAGAAGUUUUCGAUUCAGAAGAGAUGUUUUGAAAAUGUAAACGAACUAGUUUCACUCACAGAGGAAAAGUUACCCGAGACCUCAAUCGAGACGAGCCUCAUUUCCUAUCAUUGAUAGUUUUCAGGUGCUGCAACACGUGCGAGGAUGUGAAAAACGCCUAUGCUCUCAAGGGCUGGCAAGUGAACAUCGCUCAGGUCGAGCAAUGCAAAGUAAGCACGCUUACAGUUUUUUUCCCAAAAAUUUUACCAGAACGAUAAAUGGGUCCAAGCAUUCAACGAUUUCAAAGAUGAAGGAUGUCGCAUCUAUGGAAAAGUACAGGUAGAUAAACAUUGAUUAGUACAUCGGUGUGCUUUAAAAAAAACAUUGUUGGAGAUAUCAAUUAGAAUUUCAUUGGAAAGUUUUUUUUUUCUUUUUCCCUGUUUAGUUUCGCGCCACAAAAAAAAAUUAUAAUGAUGAAAAAAAAAAUUCAAAACGAGUUUCACCCCAAAAAACAGACGAUGUGAAGACGCUGUGCUCUCAAAAGCUCACAAAGAACAUUUUGCGACCUUUUUUAAAUGCUCGGCGCUUUUCCAACGGUCCGCCCCCUUUUUUGAGAGCGUCACAAUUAAACCUCAAAACCAUUAGAGCAAAAAAAAAACGAUUGUAUUGUGGAAAAACGGAGACAAGAAAUGGCUCUAUAUAUAUUUGUUUUUUUUUAAGUUUAGUAUUUUGAUUGUAAGAAACAAUGAAAAAAAACUUUAUUUAUUUGCGCGUUUGAAAAAUGAUUCAGGUGGCAAAAGUGGCAGGAAAUUUCCACUUGGCCCCGGGAGAUCCUCAUCAAGCCAUGAGAACUCACGGUCAGCCGUAUUUCUAUGCUCUUUCCCCUUACUGUUGGUUGUUCCAGUUCACGACUUACACUCGUUGGACCCCUCUCGAUUUGAUGCUUCUCAUACAAUUAAUCACGUCUCUUUUGGAAAUGCGUAUCCUGGAAAAACGUAUCCGUUGGAUUCGAAGACAUUUCAAUCGGAAAAAGGUGAGAAAUUUUUUCCUCUUUUUGAAAUGCUUUUUAGGCCCUUUAUUGCCUCAUCACGCGUGUGAAUUCAAAAGGUUUUACAGGCGGUGUAAUGUUCCAAUAUUACGUGAGAGUGGUUCCCACCAGUUACUACUAUAUUGAUGGAAGGCGUGAAGAUAGCCACCAGUUUUCCAUAACGACACACCAAAAGGAUCUCAGCCAAGGUUUGAAAAGUUAUUUAAUCAUUUACAUGACAAUUUUUAAGUCUUCGGACCCAAAAAUGCUGUGCAAAUUUACUAAGGCUCAGUAAUUUAAUUUAAAUUUUCAAAAGUAAGAGUUUAAAAGUUGAGAAAAGUUUGGGGAGAAUAAAAAAUAAAAAUCGAAAAAGGAUGAAGUGUUGAAUAGUAAAGGCUGAAGUUUCAGGUUUGCCUGGACUGCCUGGAUUCUUCUUGCAGUACGAGUUCAGCCCACUGAUGGUGCAUUACGAGGAACGAAAACAGUUAGUUGUUAGUUCUGGCAUUUCUGAAGGAUGUCAGUUGCAGAGCUCUUUCCACUUUCCUCGUCUCUCUGUGUGCUAUUGUUGGAGGUGUCUUCGCCAUGGCGCAAUUAUUCGAUCUCACCAUUUACCACGCGUCUCGCGUCAUUCGACAGAAGAUCUCCAAUGGAAAACUUAUUUGA